AUGAAUAGAAAAUUGUAGCCUUAUUAGAAAUAAUUUCAGAGAAAAUACAUCUAUUUAGUCAGUUCUCAAUUGGAAAUUUAAAAAAAAACUUUAUUAAAGGAUGACAGUAAUGAAUUUAAAAUAUACUUUCAAUAGUAUGUAUCAGAAUUGUUGAAACAAUUUUUUAAUUAAACUUACUUCUCCAAUUUAAUUUCAUUAUUAAUAGAAAGCAUUUUAUCAAUAUCUGAACUUAAAAUGUAUAUAAAGAAUUUUUAAAAGUUCAAAAAUAACAAUUUAAUUUAACCUUUUUAUGUGAAGAUUUUGGUUAUCCUAUUUAGUAUGGCACUCAAUUGA